AUGAAAGAAUUUCCAAAAGACAUUAUCCCGAAAGUCGAUUAUGCGUUAGGUGUUUGUACCGGAACUGCAUUGAUUGCAGUUACCGGUCUAUUGGAUGGCAAAUCGACGACCACUAAUAAAAUCGCUUAUAGAUGGGUUACCGAUCAAACUUCAGCGGGUUCGAAUCGAGUGGCGUUGGAUUUCGUAUCGGAUAUUUAUGUUGAAGAAGCAGCUCAAAGUAUUGCGAUACAAUCCGAAUACGAUUGA